CGGCAAAGGUGAUUCGACUCGGUGGAGGGAGGGAGACAGCACAAUAGCGAGCGCGACGUUCUCCAGAAGAGCCGCAGUCUCGUUCGGUGUGUGUUUAUUGGCGGUCGUAGUAGCGCGGGUGGGUUUGUCACGGCGAAGGAGCGGAACGCGUACAGAGAGCCGGUCCCCAACUUAGUGUAUGGAAAGGAAAAGCGUGUACAUAUUUCGUCGGGUUCGAACGCGAGGCGAAAACGAACGGGAAUAAAUGUGGUAGCCGAGAAUGUCUCGUGAGUGAACGGUGUGCAACAAGAGACGCCGUUAAGUGCGGGUGUCCUCGAGCUCGACUGCAGAUCUCUAGACCGGUCGACGAAAAUGCGGGCGCGAUACGUUGUGGCAGUACUGACUAGCUUAUUAGUGAUCACGGAAGAAGCGCCGCAAGACAUCAGACAUAAGAACUACGAGGAACAUCCACGGGAGGCUUACUUCAAUGGCUCGUCCUUCUUGAAGCUGAGCUCGUUCGUCUCGGUGCACAGGCAUAGCGGUCUCAGCUUUCGAACAUGCGAGGGCGGCAGGCUGUUCACGCAGAAGUAUAACGACGACUCGAUCAGUCUCGAGGUGACACCGGAAGGGUUGCUGUUCGUAGCGAUCGUCGAUCAGCAACGAUACGAAGCCAAGCUGAACUCGAGGCUACUGAACAACGCCUGGCAGAAUGUCAAUCUGUUUUUUAGAUUAGGCAAUCUGACGUUGAACGCCGCUGGCCACACGCAGGUAAUAGCUAACGCGACCUACAAUGCUGCGAUUCUUACGUUGCCUGACUACGACAUGAAUGGAUCUCUCACCGUGGGGGAAGGAUUCCGGGGCUGUAUUCUCCAAGGUCCUGGCUUCCUGUUUAACGAUACUAUCAAUAAUGGAGCCGUCUUCGGUCCCUGCCCUGCAGAAAAUAAAGGAUGUGGUAGCAGCGGACUCGGAGAUGGUGUAGGACCGAGCACAAUUCCCACCAUGGAUUUCUGUGGUCACGAGCCAUGCAUGAUGCAUGGCAAGUGCGUGUCACGACAGGAUCGUUACGAGUGCCUCUGUUACGCCCGAUAUUCCGGCAACAACUGUCAUAUUGAUAAUGGUUCGCCGUGCCUGAAAGUUCCGUGCCGCAACGGCGGCACGUGCAGCGAAGAUCAGAAGGGAGACUUCAGUUGCACGUGCAAGCCCGGAUUCACCGGAACGUACUGCGAGUCGCAGCUCGGGGCACGGUUCUGCGAGCAAAGCCCGUGCAGAAACGACGGCGUUUGCCUGGCACUCACCGACAGCGAAUAUAAGUGCGACUGCCUGCCCGGAUGGACGGGCAAGAAUUGCGAGAUCAAUUUCGACGAGUGCAACCCUAACCCGUGCAAGCACGACGGCGUUUGCAUCGACGGCAUCAACAACUACACGUGUAUAUGCGAUCGAACCGGAUACGAAGGGGUCGAUUGCGAGAUCGACAUCGACGAAUGCACGGCGGAUCCCUGUCUAAACAAAGGCGUGUGUUUCGACCUGUACGGCGGUUACAUUUGCAAUUGCCCGGUCGGCUUCGAGGGUCAGAACUGCGAGUUCAAUCUGAACGAGUGUCUGUCGAGCCCGUGCAAGCACGGCGGCGAUUGCGUGGACGACGUCGGCUCGUACCAUUGCAAUUGCCCGCCGGAAUACGCUGGCCGGCAUUGCGAAUUAAGAAGCUUGUGCGAGAACGCGGCCUGCCCGCCGAACAGCAUUUGCGUGGAAGACGCGCACGGCCCGCAAUGCGUUUGCAACCCCGGCUACAUGGGCAACCCUCCGAACUGCACCAUCAACUACUGCGCCAGCAACCCGUGCGAGAAUGGCGGCACUUGCACCAGCAACAAGGACGGGUAUAACUGCACUUGCCCACCAGAAUUGAAAGGAGCGACGUGCCUAUCGGCCGCCUCGGAAUGGUGCUCGGCCUGUUACAACGGGGGCAGUUGCCUCGAGACGCAUUUCGGUAUCGUGUGUCAAUGUCCGAGAUUUUGGUCCGGGCCCCAGUGCAAGGACCCAAUCACCUGUCGCGAUCUACCUUGCAAACAAGCUUCCGCUUGCCACGACUAUCCCGGCGGCUAUUAUUGCACCUGCGAACCAGGCUGGACAGGCCCCGAAUGCUCCGUCGACGUGGACGAGUGUUCCAGCAAUCCUUGUCGCAACGGAGGGAUCUGCAUCGAUCAGCUGAAUAACUACUACUGUCAAUGUCUCGCGGGAUACACCGGAAAGAUGUGCCAGUUCAACGUCGACGAAUGUUCAUCGCAGCCGUGUCAAAACGGCGGCACGUGCACGGACCAAAUCAACGGGUACACUUGCAACUGCACGAAAGAUUUCAUGGGCGAGAACUGCGAACGGGAGUACAAUGCCUGCGCCUUGAACCCCUGCAAGAACAACGGGAACUGCACGCUUCUGUCGAGGUCGCGGCGCGAAUUCGUCUGCAAGUGUCCGCCGGGCUUCGAGGGGAAGGUUUGCGACAUCAACGUGGACGACUGCGUCGACGUGCUUUGCCCCGACGGCAAAAUAUGCGUCGACGGUAUCGCCGGUUACGAGUGCAAGUGCCACGAAGGAUACAGGGACCCUAAUUGCACUCUGAUCGUUGACCACUGCGCGACGAAACCUUGCAACAACGGCACCUGUAUCGAUCUUGGAGAACAUGGUUUUGAAUGCAACUGCAACGACGGCUUCCAAGGACAAGUCUGCGACGAGGACGUGGACGAGUGCGAGGUGAGAGGCAGCGCUCUCUGUAACAACGGGAUCUGCGUGAACAAGGACGGCAGCUACAACUGCUUCUGCAGGCCCGGUUUUUCCGGGGACCAUUGCGACAUCGACAUCGACGAGUGCUUGUGCGGGCCUUGCAAGAACAACGCCACGUGCAUCGACGGUAUCAACACGUUCGAGUGUCAAUGUCCGCCUGGUUACUCCGGGAAAACCUGCGACGUCGACGUGAACGAGUGCGAGAGCGAUCCCUGCAAAAAUGGCGCGACGUGCGUCGACGAGAUCGCCAAUUACAUGUGCUUCUGUUCGCCCGGCUUCCGCGGAUUCAACUGCGAGAUCAAUAUCGACGACUGCGAGCCGGUGCCCUGUUUGAACCACGGCCGGUGCAUCGACGGCAUCAACAAUUACACCUGCGACUGCAGCGACACCGGCUUCGAAGGCGCCCGCUGCGAGAAGAACAUCGACGACUGCCGGUCGGAGCCAUGCGUGAACGGCGCUACCUGCAUAGACGACAUCAAGAACUAUAAAUGCCGAUGCUAUCCCGGCUACACCGGCAAGGACUGCGAGGUGGACAUAAACGAGUGCGAGAACUUGCCGUGCCAAUACAACGGCACCUGUCUCGAGAGGUCCAACAGGCAACUGUACAAAAGCGACGCGAAGACGUUACCUUCGAUCUUCAAUCAGGAAUUCAACUAUGCGAACGCGAGUGGUUACGAGUGCCUCUGCGUCCAAGGUGUAGCGGGUAAAAAUUGUGAGGUGAACAUCAACGAAUGCGAAAGCAGCCCUUGCAAAGCUGGGAACUGCGUGGAUCGUAUCGGCGGGUAUGUUUGCGAAUGCGACGACGGUUACGAAGGGGAUCAUUGUCAGCACGAUAUCGACGAGUGUAAACGGUACACUCCAUGCGAGCACGGUGUGUGCACCGAUGGCAGGGCCGAUUACACGUGCACGUGCGAUCCGGAGUACGGCGGGAAGAAUUGUUCGGUGGAGCUGAUUGGCUGCCAAGGAAACGCCUGUCAAAACGGGGGAACGUGCUGGCCGUAUCUCGUCAACGAGACAAUACAUAAAUUCAAUUGUACUUGCCCGAAUGGAUUCCACGGAGAAAUUUGCGAUUACGUCACAACGAUGUCUUUGAGCGGCAAUUCGUACGUCCUAGUGAACACGACACGAGACGAAGGCUACGACAUACAAUUCCGUUUCCGGACGACGCUUCCGUACGGGCUGCUCGCCAUCGGCAAAGGAUCGACAUUUUAUAUUCUGGAACUUGUCGACGGCAAAUUGAACCUGCACUCGAGCCUCUUGAACAAAUGGGGCGGCGUAUUCAUCGGCAACGACUUGAACGAUUCCACUUGGCAGAAAGUGUUCGUUGCAAUUAACGCCACGCACUUGGUGCUCUCGGCCAACGAGGAGCAGACGAUUUAUCCUAUCAGCUUGACCGAGGGAUCCAAUUCGAAUCACACGUCUUUCCCGAUGACUUACGUCGGCGGGACCAGCAAUUACCUACGCCGGCUAAGCCACGGUCCUUUUUUCUUCGUGGGGUGUACCGAAGACGUCGUCAUUAACGGCGAAUGGGUGUACUCCGGCACGUCGUCGAAAACGGUGCACAUGGAGGGCGUGGAACCAGGCUGCCCGCGAGAGGCCCAAUGUUCGCCGAACCCUUGUAAAAAUGGCGGGUACUGCACGGACCGUUGGAGCGAUUUUUCUUGCGAAUGCGAGCGGCCGUACCUCGGCCACACUUGCCAAUACAACAUGACAGCGGCCACGUUCGGGUACGGGAAGAUUGCGAACGGUUACGUGACGGUGAAAGUGACCGACACGGCUCGAAAGGCGGUGAGAUCAAUCGUUGACAUCUCGAUGUUCAUCCGUACGAGGCAGGAUAGAGGCGACAUAUUUUACUUGGGCUCGGAGCCGAGUUUGCAAACGGAUGUCAAACCUCAAGAGAAAACGUACAUAGCCGCGCAAUUGGAAGGCGGCGAGUUGCUUGUUAGAAUACAAUUUAACGGCACCGAAGCGUACACGGUCGGCGGUGUGAAGCUGAACGACGGGAACAAUCAUUUGAUACAGGUGAUUCGGAACGUGACGCUGGUCCAGGUGAAGAUCAAUGGUACCGAAUAUUUUCGGAAAACUAUCAGCGCGUCUGGCCAGCUGAACGUCACCGUUUUAUACCUGGGAGGACUGCCGCAAGCGUCCAGAUACAUACGCCAAGUCGAUAAUCGUCAGAUUGAAGUACCGCAGGCGCCGCAAGUGAACUUCAAAGGAAUCAUUCAAGAUGUUCAAAUAUCGAACGGAUACGAUAGCAUGGUCGUUCAGUUCUUCCCUCUAGAGGCGAACGACAUACCCACUCUAAUUCAAUUCGGCAACGUGACCUUCGACAACGACAAGGUCUUGAAGGGCGUCGUGUCGGACAACGUCUGCGUGAGCAAUCCGUGCAACCACAACGGUACCUGUCACGUCACGUGGAACGACUUCUGGUGUCAAUGCCCGCGAGGAUACACCGGCAAGACCUGCCAGGAGAUGGAGUUUUGUCAACUGCAGGACUGCCCGGCCGGGUCGAAGUGCGUCAACCUCGACGACGGCUACGAGUGCAUCGCCAACGCCACUUUCGACGGCAUAACGACCUCCUUCACUUACGUGUACAAUCAAGUGGAGGAGAAGAACGUGACCGAUUCGACGAUCGAUACGAUCCAAAUUACGUACCGGUCGAACACCGGUGGCACUCUGAUGCACGUCGCGCCGCGCGUCGGCGAUCAGCAUUUCACGGUAUCCGUUUACAAGGACAAGAUCACCGUGUCUUGGCGGCUCGAUAUGCAAAAUCAGGGGACGCUGAGCUUCGGCAAGGCCGAGGCUGACGGAAAUUGGACGUCCAUAGUACUGAGAUUGAAUAACAAUUCGAUGGAGUGCGGCUACGCGAAUUCUAACGAGGAGAGCGCGUCGCACGUCAGCCCGAAUUUCAAUUUCGCUCUGUGGUACGAUUUACUGGUGACCGGGACGGUGACCCUGGGCGGAUUGGGUUCCAGUUUGUCCGCGCGACACAGUUAUGUGACCAUCGGCUCCGGUAAACAAAUGUUGGAAAACAGGAGCGGCAUACAAGAUAAUUCGAUAGACUUCAACGAACGCUCGUUAACCACCGUUUCGCCGCCCCAUAAUGUAAUGUCUGGAGAGGCCUUCAAAGGAUGUUUGGGCGAAGUACGAAUAGGCAGCAUGCUGCUACAUUAUUUUACAUACGCAGAAGUUUAUCAGAACGCGAACUUUACACCCUUGGAAUAUUUAAUACUAAAAGAAAAUAAUUCGACGCAUCAUGAAAGCAUCGGUUGCCAACUUUGCUUCGACGAAGAUUGCAAAAACUCUGGAUACUGCCUUGAUAAAGCGAACAGUUACGUUUGCGAGUGUCCUGCGGGUUACACGGAAGACGAUUGUUCCUUCAAUAUUGACGAAUGUAUCAACAAUAAAUGCGAGAAUGGAGCCAAGUGUAUAGACGGCAUCGCUAAUUACACAUGCGUGUGCAACAGUGGAUGGCAGGGAUGGCUAUGCGACAGUGAUAUAAACGAGUGCGUAACUCUCAGUCCCUGCCAGCACGAUGGAGUCUGCAUAAAUCUUCCUGGUUAUUUCCGCUGCGAGUGUCCGGACCAGUUCACCGGCGAAUUGUGCCAGAAUUUCCGUUUGAUCACCUGCGAGAACGAACCUUGCAAGAACGGCGUCUGCACAGACGUUGUCAAUCCAAAGACCGGUGAUAAUUUUACUUGCACGUGUCAGCCUGGUUACGAAGGCUCAAUUUGUAAUGUUCCUUACUGCAUCGGACGAAAGUGUCAGAACGGUGGCAGAUGCGAGUUCACAUAUCAGACACCUCGUUGCACGUGUCCAUCUGGUUACUCCGGACAUUACUGCGAAAUUAAUAUCGAUGACUGCGCGCCCGAUGCCGAGGGAAAUGUUCCAUGCAAAAAUGAUGGGAAAUGUUAUGACGGUGUGAACAACUUCACCUGCGACUGCAGCGAUACUGGCUACAUAGGACCUGACUGUUCCUACGACAUAGACGAAUGUCAAGAUCCGCAUACGAAUUGUGGCCACGGACAAUGUGAUAAUUUACCAGGGACUUAUCAGUGCAUUUGUGAAACUGGUUAUUGCGGAUACAAUUGUGGAAUGAUGGAUCCCUGCAAAGAGGGUUACUGUCAGAAUGGAGGUACAUGCAAGUGUGGAGACGAUGGGGGAUACAAGUGUCAAUGUACUCCAGAAUAUAUUGGACAAAAUUGUACAGAGACGGAAAACUUUUUGGGGAGCCAAGCGCUCGAUAUAGCUGUGAUCGUCGGUCCUAUUAUUGGAUGUCUCUUUCUAAUAGCGGCAGGUUCUUUAGUCGCAUUAUUUAUGAUGGCCAGGAAGAAACGAGCGACCCGAGGAACUUACAGUCCGAGUGCUCAAGAAUUCAGCAAUCCGCGUGUAGAAAUGGAUAACGUGAUGAAGCCACCGCCGGAAGAGAGAUUAAUUUAAAAUUGUUCGUGUAUGUGACGAAGGAGCAUGGCAUGAUUGUUCCGCGUCCAUAAAUCCUAGUCGUUUGAUAAUAUGCAACGUGUUUGCGGUAUACACCGAUCAGAGGGAAGAACCUCAACGAAUCGUCCUGAUAAGAGAGCCACUUGGAAAGGGCAAGUCGAAAAGAAAAUAUGGUUUCAUCGCGUUUUCUAGUCCACGCUCCAUAUUAGGGUGUUGUCAAGAUGACCUAGGAAAUUAAGGAAACAAUACCAGAUACGAGAAUCAAUUUCGAAUAGUGGCACUAAAGAUGAAUCACGUUAGAACUAUCCUAAAGAGCUACAUCCGUUUGAACUCUCAGGGAAACACAUUUUUUCCGCUCUCUUGCAUAGCAUCAUGGCUCCAGACAUUUUUUUAUUUGUCUCUAUUAUUAAUAAUACAACAGAAACAGUUUUUUCUUUUUUUACUCAGCAUUGAACGUUGAAAUAUUGAUAAAGAUCACCAUUUUACAUGUUGUUACGUUGCCUGUCUUAGAGGUGAUUUUUCAAAUUAGACAGCUAAAACAUUCAUUGCCAUUUUAAAAACACAGUUUAUAAAUUCAACAUAAUCAUUUGUAUAUAAAUACCUGAUCAGCUUUUUAAAACAACAAUCCAUGGAAUACAUGAUAAGUAACUUUUUAUUUUCAAACGAAUGUGCUCCAUCAAUUAAAACUUCGGUAUCAGAAGGGAAUCAAAAUUGUGAAUCUAUGUUAAUACCGAUAAGUUAUAUGAAAGUUUUUGAAAAACUAUUCCGCGUUUCAAUCGUAUGUCUGACUCAAAGGAACUAUUAUUAUGAAACUAAGCAAAGUGUACUUAAAAAGCUCCGUUAAGUGUCCUUAUUAUGCAAGCAAUACUUGGAAGAAACAAUUAAAGCAACGAUACCCGUCCAUUUUAGUGCCUAACUGACCCUACUUAAAGAGAUUUUAUUUAUAAGCAGUGAAUAUUGUGCGUCGAAGAAUAUGUAUUUCAGAAACGCGUUGGACUCUCGAGUGUGUGUAUUGAGAUCUCUCAAGCAUAAUGGUAUUAUUCUCAUACUGUUCGCUAGACUUCGGACAACUGACACAGAUGUCGUUAUGAAAUAUCGUAGCGUAGACGUAUGACAACUUAACGGCAAAGUGACCGGAACUUUGUAAAAAUAUGGUAAAGUGUAAGGGGUGUCUGUUUCGACUCGCAAAGUACUUAUCGUCGGUGCGUUUUAACGUUUUUGUAGUGUUAUUGCGCUUGUUAAUUUUGUACAUAAAGUAGACUAUAAGUUAAAGAAAUUAACACGAUUCUACCGAUAACAUUUUAUAUGGAUACACUGCGAAUCUUUAUAUACUUAUGAUAUGCGCAAAAUAAAAUACAGGGAAACUUAUACAAUGAUUAAAAUUAAUUUCCACUUUGGUUUUAUCCUAACGAAUCUUUUUUUUAUUAGUAAAAAUCAGUCUAUUUUCUAACUUUAGUGCUUAUAAAAUAACUUUUGAAGAUUAGAAUUUGCAUAAAGAUUCGCAGUGCAUAUAUAAGUAUAGUAUUUAAUAACAAAUAUUAUUUGGUAUGUAAAUUAUUUACUACCACGACCAAAGUAAUAACGAGAAGUGUUCUCGCCUGUUAAUAUAAUUGAUCAAAAAACAUGUCCCGAUACUAUCAUAAUCGUAUGAAGCACACUUAUGUUGUGCAUGUUAACAUGUAAUAAAUAUAAUGUAUUUAAAAUGUUGAUGUUUUACCUGAUUGAGAAAACGCUGUAUAGUGUAAUGUGAUAUCAAUAAAAAAAAGUGCAAAAUUUA